AAAAGAUUUAAACAACUGUUUGUGAUUACUAGUUGAACUAUUAUAGAUAGAUAGAUACUUGGAGUUUCUGAGUAAACAUACUGUUGGGAUAAUGUUCGCUAAAAUCUUUCUCUUAAUAUCUUUACUUGGUAAGAUGGUUAAUGUUUUGUUUUUGUUGUGUGUUUGUUUUGUACCAUCCAAUAAUAAUUAUUUAGGUUUGAAGAAUACAAUUUACGGAGAACCUAUUGAGAGUUCUGUAAAUGAUUUUGAACAAUUGGAAUGCCAAUUAAUUUGUGAAACUUGUGUUAUGAAUGUUCGUGGUAUUCGAUGGUUACUUUUGCAAAGUUAUGCACGAAAGAUUGCAGCUGAACUAUUAUCUGUAAUGUGUAAUUUUCUUCCAUAUAAACAACCUCGUGCUCAAUGUAAACGUUUCUUUAAAGGACCAUUUGAUGGAAUAGUUCAUGAUUUUGUUGUAAACAUGAGUGUUUAUGAACCAUGUCAAUAUCUUGGACUUUGUGAAACAGUUCAACAAGAAUUGAUGGCAAGCCUAGAUGAUUCAUUCUAUACCAAUCUGUUGAUGAAAACACUAAGCAUAUUGAAAGAAGAUAUAGAGUCAAUUAUUACACCAGAGUUUAUUGAACAAUCAGCUACAAAACUUUGUUCUUCUGAUCAAAAGUGUAUAAAAGCUUUCGAGAAAUCUGCUGUCGGUCUCAUCAAAGUUAUUUAUAAAAAUUCAAAAGGUGAAUGGUUUUCAGACGAUUUUCAAAACUAG